CGUGGUGGAAGUCUCAUGUACUUCUAUUCUAUCCGGUCAUGGCGAUUGCUCGGUCACAGCAGGUGCUCUCCACAUCCUUUAUCCCUAUUGAAGGGAUUUACGCUUGAGCACCUGAAUGUGUGCACUGCAGCGGUCAAUUCGGCUUGGACUGCAGCAGCAGGGAGUGGUUUGCUCAUUGGCAUUAGAAGAUCUAACAGACUGUUGUGGAGGUCAUUGGUUGUGACGUGCCUGUUUGUCCCCAGCAGGAACAGAAAGAUCUACUGGGGGACUUCUCCAGUGAUCGCUAUGCCUCAGUUAAAGUCUCCAGACAUGGGCUCUGCCUUCAUCCAGACACAGCAGCUCAACGCUUCCAUGGCUGACACCUUCCUCGAACACUUGUGCCUGCUGGACAUCGACUCCGAGCCCACCACCGCACGCAAUACCGGCAUCAUCUGCACCAUCGGGCCAGCAUCUCGUUCUGUGGAAAUGCUGCAGGAGAUGAUCAAGUCUGGAAUGAACAUUGCUCGCAUGAACUUUUCCCAUGGCACACAUGAGUACCAUGCAGACACCAUCAAGAAUAUGCGUAAGGCAUGCGAGAGCUUCGAGCCUGGCAGUAUCCAGUACAGGCCCAUCGGCAUUGCCCUGGACACCAAAGGCCCAGAGAUCAGGACUGGCCUCAUCCAGGGAAGUGGCACUGCUGAGGUGGAGCUGAAGAAGGGCAACAUGAUCAAGAUAACCUUGGACGAUAGCUAUCAGGAGAACUGCAGUGAGGAGAUCCUCUGGCUGGACUACAAGAACAUUCCCAACGUAGUCGAGAUUGGCAGCAAGAUCUACAUUGAUGACGGACUCAUGUCCCUUCAGGUCAAGGAGAUUGGUUCUGAUUUCCUCAUGUGCGAGAUUGAGAACGGUGGCACCCUGGGCAGCAAGAAGGGAGUGAACCUCCCCGGUGCUGCUGUGGACCUGCCUGCUGUUUCAGAAAAGGACAUCCAGGACUUGCAGUUUGGUGUGGAGCAUGGAGUCGACAUGGUCUUCGCCUCCUUUAUCCGCAAAGCAGCAGACGUGCAUGCUGUCAGAGCAGUGCUGGGAGAGAAGGGCAAAGACAUUAAGAUCAUCAGCAAGCUGGAGAACCACGAGGGUGUAUGCAGAUUUGAUGAGAUCAUGGAGGCCAGCGAUGGCAUCAUGGUGGCCCGUGGAGACUUGGGAAUUGAGAUCCCCACAGAAAAGGUCUUCCUCGCCCAGAAGAUGAUGAUCGGUCGCUGCAACAGAGCUGGCAAGCCGAUCACAUGUGCCACGCAGAUGUUGGAGAGCAUGAUCAAGAAGCCCAGACCCACACGUGCUGAGGGCAGCGACGUGGCCAACGCCGUGUUGGACGGAGCCGACUGCAUCAUGCUGAGCGGAGAGACUGCCAAGGGAGAUUAUCCUCUGGAGGCAGUACGCACACAGCACAUGAUUGCCCGUGAAGCCGAGGCAGCCAUGUUCCACCGGCAGGUGUUUGAGGACCUGCGUCGCUCCACGCCGUACUGCAAAGACCCCGCUGAGGCUAUUGCGAUCGGCGCUGUUGAGGCCUCUUUUAAGAGCUUAGCCUCUGCGAUGAUUGUGCUCACUGGCUCUGGAAGGUCCGCCCACCUGAUCUCCAGAUACAGGCCACGUGCUCCCAUCCUUGCUGUGACUCGUAACGCCCAGACGGCUCGCCAAGCCCACCUGUACCGCGGCAUUUUCCCCGUCCUCUACACCAAGCCCGCCCACGAUGUGUGGGCAGAGGACGUCGACAUGCGCGUCAACUUUGCCAUGGAUAUGGGCAAGGCCCGAGGCUUCUUCAAAGCGGGAGAUGUUGUCAUCGUCUUGACCGGCUGGCGCCCAGGCUCUGGUUACACCAACACCAUGCGUGUGGUUCUGGUGCCUUGAACAGCCCACAGGGCUGCUCUACUUUCUCCCUCCACCUUCAUCUAUCUUUCAUAGCUCUCCACGCCAUUCCAGCUCACAGCCCUUCUCAUCGAACACCUGGGCUCACAGACUCAACCGCUGAACAAUUAAUCGUUUAGGCAAUAAUGCAAAUUAGAGUACAGCCCUCAUGACCAGAGGGCUGUUUCCGGUGGGUAUGGGGGUUUGAUUCGUUCAAUUCCACUUUAUUUCUCCAUUCCUUUCACAUUAUUUCAAUCAAACCAGUCUGCAGGGCCUCAGAUUAAAACAACCUGACCAGAAACUGCUGUAUUUAUUCACUCAAACACUUGUAUUAUUAAAGGUGAACCAGUGUGAGAGUGAAUGCAUCCUGGUCGGUGUGCAUGCGCAUACUGGCUCUUGUUCAGGUGGAGUUGGUGGGUUGGUCAGGCUGAUCUUAAAAGAGCACCUUGACUACUGCAGUUUACUAAUCGCGCUCCUCUGCCGAUAUUACGAACAAAUUUGUGGCAUCCUAAUUCGAAGGGCUCCUCCUACAGAUCUGCACUGGCUCCACCACUCCACCCAAACAGAUCCCUUUGUAGUGGUGUCCGCUCUUAAUGCCAGCUAUCGCUGUAUCCAAGUGUGUCUGUAAGUGCACUCCUAAUCUCCUCCAGACGAUGUUACAUUUGAUAUUAUACUUGACUUUUGUGAGUGGUGGGGUUUUGUUUUGGGACAUCCAAUACUACUUCUAUUUUGUCUGAAUAUAUAGAGAGAAAUGUUAGUUUUGGAUGUCCACCUCAGAGGUGUUACUGUAUUUGUGAUUAGAUGUGUUAUAAAGCCUUUAUUUGUAUUCGGCUCAUAUCUAAGUUCGCACUUAUAACUAAUGUAUAGUUCACUAACGUCGACUAAUAUGAAUAUGCACUUUGAGUUUUUGUCAUUGGGGACCUAGUGGUGGGUUGACUUCCUUUCCCUCUCAACUCCAAUGGGUGGUGGGUGGAACCACCUCUGCUUCUCUUUUUGUUGGUGACCCACUGUAGUUGUCUUCAUGUGUCUAACAUGCUUUUGAUUGUAAUGCUAGAGUGUAAGAAAUGUUUAGCUGGUGUACUGAGCUAUCCUAAAAGACUGAGUUUCCAUCAAUAAAAAAUAUGAGCACCUA